AUGCACUCUCUCAAGCUUCUCAUUUCAUCCCUCGUCGCGACUGUCGUGGCUCAGUCCACAGUGACAGUGCGCGACAAUGCCCACAAUCUCACCUAUAUAGGCUUCACCUUCGCAGGAACCGAACAGUUCCAGGGAAUCAAUUUCGGCCAGGACACGUCUGGCGUCAACCGUUUCAAACCUCCCAAGGCCUUUACCUAUCCAACAGGUACAACUGUCCAAGCCACGGCUGCUGGCGCUGCUUGCCCACAAAACACUAUAUUGUCGUUUCUUGGUGCCAUCAGUGAGAACCCCGGCGUUUUCAAUAUCUCCGAGGACUGCCUAAAUCUCGAGGUUGUCAGACCAGCGGGCACGAAACAAAACGCAAACCUCCCCGUAAUGGUCUGGAUCUCCGGCCAAGGUGAUGAGGAAGGCUCAUACAACUACACUUUGUACAAUCCUACUGCGCUUGUGGCCGGUGCUGCUGCCAAGGGCACGCCGGUGAUCUAUGUGGCAAUGAAUUUCCGUGUCAAUGUCUUUGGAUUCGCCAACAGCCCUGCUCUUAGGACGGAAGGGUCGCUGAACGCCGGCCUGCUCGACCAACGGCUGGCGCUACAAUGGAUCCAGUCCAACAUCGCCGCGUUUGGGGGAAAUCCGAAGAAUGUUACGCUAUUUGGCGAGAGUGAUGGCGGUGUCAGCGUGGGAUUGCAUAUGACAGCGUUUGGUGGGAAUGGUACUGCUCCCUUCCGUCGAGCUAUCAUGCAAUCUGGGGCGCCAGCGAGUGAUCCUGGUGUCACUGGAAACGCAACGGCCACGAACACUGCUGUGGUUGCUCAACUGGCAGGCUGUACAGGGACAAAUAGCAGCCUAGUCUUGACUUGUCUCCGGGCAAUUCCCAUGGUCCAGCUCCUCAAUGCCGUUCUGCUAUUUGAGAAUACAACAACGGCUACCCAAGCCAACGGCGUGUCUCAAGAUUUGUUUUUCCCGACCGUUGACGGAAGCUACCUUCCUGAUGCUCCCUCGACUCUGAUUCGCACAGGUCGCUUUCACAAAAACAUAGCCGUCAUUACAGGAUGGAAUGAAAAUGACGGCAGCAUCUUUGUCCCUCCGACCCUCAAUGGCUCAACCGCUGUACAGGCUUUCUUGCACUCCUCGUAUCCGAAUCUCAACUCGACUACGCUAUCAAGGCUGCUCUCGUUGUACCCAGUCAACGGGUUCGUGGCAGCCGCCCAGGCCUCGCAGAUCUCACCUUUCUUCCUGCAAGCAUCGCAGAUCUACCGCGACAUCAAUUUUGCAUGCCCAUCAAUCGAUGCAUCUCACCGCGUUUCUCAGUUUGGCAGUGCAAGCUACCUAUACGUGCUCAACGCGACGUCAUUGACCAGCGUGCUCCAGAUUUUCAAUGCCUCCUUCGAAGGGGUCAUCCAUUUCUCCGACGUACCUUUCGUCUUCAACCAACCGAACGUCGGCUUCGGAACAACGGCGGCAGCGAACCUGACUGCAACCAGGAUGUCGGGUAGUUGGGCACAUUUUGCAUCGACGGGUAACCCGAGCGGCAACCCUGCAAUCACUCUGUCAGGCUGGACCCAAGCAUAUACCAAAUCUCAAGCUGCAGUGAAGAGUCAGAAUGUGACAGGAGCGAGUAUUAGAGUUAUUGGUGGACCUCGCGCAGGACAAGCGCAGCUGUCAUUAAAUGCUCGAACCGCGGCGGAGCCUCAGCUGUUGCAACGAUGUGCAUUUAUCAACUCGGCGGCAUUCUAUCAGCAGUUGCAGACAUGA